CAAAAAAAAAAAAAAAAAAAAAAAAAAAGAAGAAACAGAGACAUAAAAGGGUGUGUGUUCUUUAUAGUGUAAAAAAUGGGUUUCUUCACAGGUAUGAUGAUUGGAAUGGCAAUUGGUAUUGGGUUGAUUUUAGGAUUUGCUCGUUACCAGAAUGUUCGAUCCCAGCGUCGCUCGGAAUUGGCAAAGACAGUGGCUGCAUUUGCGAGGAUGACAGUGCAAGAUUCAAGAAAACUUCUGCCACCGGAGUUCUAUCCAUCUUGGGUCGUCUUCUCACAGAGACAAAAGUUAACUUGGCUUAAUCUCCAACUUAACAAGAUUUGGCCUUACGUUGAUGAGGCAGCAUCAGAAUUGAUAAGAAGCAAUGUAGAGCCAAUUCUUGAACAAUAUAGACCUGCGAUAUUAGCAUCUCUUAAGUUUUCCAAAUUGACCCUUGGUACUGUGGCUCCACAAUUUACAGGAAUUACCAUUCUCGAGGAGGGUUGUGAACCUGGUAGUGUUACUAUGGAAAUAGAGAUGCAAUGGGAUGGAAAUCCAAAUAUUGUACUUGAUAUCAAUACUAGAGUUGGUGUUGCUCUACCCAUUCAGGUGAAAAAUAUUGGAUUCACUGGGGUUUUCAGGUUAAUCUUCAAGCCUCUAGUUGAAGAAAUUCCUGGUUUUGGAGCUGUUUCUUAUUCUUUAAGAGAGAAGAAAAAGCUGGAUUUUACACUUAAGGUUAUUGGUGGUGACCUAUCAGCAAUCCCUGGAAUUUCUGAUGCUAUUGAGGAAACAAUACGCGACGCUAUUGAAGAUUCUAUAACAUGGCCAGUUAGGAAAAUUGUAUCAAUAUUACCAGGAGAUUACAGUGACCUGGAGGCGAAGCCUGUUGGAACAUUAGAAGUGAAACUAAUACAAGGCAAGGAGUUAACCAAUAAAGAUGUUAUUGGGAAAUCUGAUCCUUUUGCAGUAGUUUUUAUACGUCCACUGCGCGACAGGAUGAAAACCAGUAGAACAAUUAAUAACAAUUUGAAUCCCAUUUGGAACGAACACUUCGAAUUCAUGGUUGAAGAUCCAUUAACUCAACGCUUGACAGUAAGAGUUUUUGAUGAUGAAGGAGUUCAGGCUGCUGAACUCAUUGGUUGUGCUCAAGUGGCACUAAAGGACCUUGAACCAGGAAAAGUGAAGGAAGUAUGGUUAAAACUAGUGAAGGAUUUGGAGGUCCAAAGAGAUACUAAAUAUAGGGGUCAGGUGCACUUAGAGCUCCUGUACUGUCCAUUUGGCACAGAGAGCAACUUGAAAAAUCCUUUUAAUCCUGAUUUCCAACUAACCACAUUGGAAAAGGCUUGUAAAACUGAAGAAACAGAAGAAGCUAUUCUUAAAACCUCAGCCUCGCAGAAGAAAAAUGUUAUAGUUAGAGGAGUACUAUCUGUCAAUGUGGUAGCUGCAGAAAACUUACCGGCAGUAGACUUGAUGGGAAAGGCUGAUCCUUAUGUUGUCCUUCAGAUGAAAAAAUCUGACACAAAAGUCAAAACCAGGGUUGUAAAUGAGAGCCUCAAUCCUGUUUGGAAUCAAACAUUUGACUUUGUUGUAGAGGAUGCAUUACAUGAUAUGCUAAUAUUGGAAGUUUGGGAUCAUGACACUUUCGGGAAGGAUAAAAUUGGGAGAUGCAUAAUGACACUGACCAGGGUUAUUUUAGAGGGGGAAUUUCAAGACAGUUUUCCACUAGAAGGUGCUAAAUCAGGAAAGCUUUUUUUGCAUCUCAAGUGGACACCACAGUUAAAAUUUCGUGAUGGUACUUGACCUAUAAAAAUCAGAAUACAGGAUAAAUUUUUUGGCUUUUCAUGCCCUGCUCUCAGCAAAGCGUCAGGGCCCAAUAUGAAGCUGUAAAAAAUUAAAGAUGAACCUCGAGAAAAACAUCAUCUCAUGUGUAGAUCAUAGCCGCCCCCCUCCCUUUUGUUUUUUUUCCUUUCAAAUUGAAGCUAGGAAGAAAUAUUUUGCUAUUUAAAUAAUUCUUAAUAUUUUUUUGACUAA